AUGGUGAUGGCAGAGCAGAGAGAGGGGACAUCUCCAGCAGGGCCCACGCUGACUGAGGGGAGCCGCCUCCCGGGCAUUCCCAGCAAAGCCCUCCUGACAGAGACUUUGCUGCAGAGAAAUGAGGCGGAGAAACAAAAGGGCCUUCAAGAAGUACAAAUCACUUUGGCAGCCAGACUGGGGGAGGCAGAGGAAAAGAUCAAAGUCCUACAUUCAGCGUUAAAGGCCACACAGACAGAGCUGCUGGAACUGCGGCGGAAAUAUGAUGAGGAGGCGGCAUCCAAGGCAGAUGAAGUCGGCCUGAUCAUGACCAACUUGGAGAAAGCUAAUCAGCGAGCUGAGGCUGCCCAGCGGGAGGUAGAAAGUCUUCGGGAACAACUUGCCUCAGUCAACAGCUCUAUCCGCCUGGCCUGCUGCUCCCCGCAGGGACCCAGUGGGUGUUGGACUGUGUCUCUGCGAACGUGA